AUGGCCAGUAUAUACCAACCCCGACCCGACGUCUCGUUCGUCGCGCUCCGCACUCAUCUGCAGAGCCUGCCGACUCCGCUCUUGGCACCGCGUAAAGUCUGCGAUCCGUCAUUGAGCGACAAGAUAGCAUCCCUCUACCUGCACCCGGCACUGGAAGCCCUGCUGCACCUCCUCAACCAUGACUUGCCCUCGGCCCACUUUCUCGUCCGGCAUAUGCAGUCCCCGCCGGCCUAUGAGGGCAUGUACUUGCACGGGAUCCUGCACCGCAUUGAAGGCGACAUGGAUAACGCGAGGGCCUGGUAUUGCGAUGUCGCUGAGUCAGAGCCGUUCGAGCUGAUCUGGACGAAGGCCACGGAAGAAGAGAGGCAGUCUGUCCAGGGGAGCGAGAAGAAAUUGCCGGCGCAGAAGACUGCUCGCGAUUUCCUCGACCGAAUCGAGAGCCUCGCCCAGAGCAAGCACGGCGAUAGAGGGCCGCUGGUCGAGGAGAGUAGGCGAGAGCUAGAGAGUCUGCUGCGCUGGUGUGUUGAUCGCUUUGGCACGGAGAGUUGUGUAGAUGCCACUCAGGUCUGGGUCCAGCCUAGCCAGGAGAUCUCGGAGAAGGGCGCAAGGAUGGUGACGGGCAGCGAGGGCUUCAGGAUGUUCUAG